CACACACACACACACGCAACAUCAGCUGAUCCGUCACGUGGUCUGCUGUCGUGUGGGUCUCUCUUGCAAAAUGGAGUUGUCCGAGUCUGUGCAGAGAGGGCUGCGCUCCUUCGCCGACCCGUCCUGCCUCGACCACACCGUCUUCCCGGCGCUGCUGGACGCCUCUUUCCGCAGCCUGCUGUCGGCGCACGGUGACCCCGGAGUCCUCGAUCAGCCCGAGCUGCAGCACAUCGACCGGGUCCUGCUGAAGCAGAGCCACGCUGCAGCCGCCACCUUCAUCCUGGAGGCGACCAAACACAACGCAGACAGGUCCACGAUCAGUUCCUGCCUUGAAGAACUCAACUUCAGUGCAGAGAGAAUAGAGAUAUUCUAUAACACCUAUCAGACACAUAAAAAAGAGCUGGUACGUCUAUUAGCAAGCAUAGGAAGGCGAGCACCUCACGUUAACGACGUCUCCUGGCGUUUGCAAUACCACAUAAAGAACGGACAGGUCGAUAAGGUCAACGAGCCUUCCUACUUGAUCUCGCUGAACACUGAGAACGAAGGACCCUCUGAAGAUGUAAACUUCACAUGCACGAUGGAGCAGCUACAGGAUUUGGUGGGGAAGUUGAAAGACGCCGCUAAGAGUGUGGAGAAAGCCAGUCAGAUGUGAUGCCGGUGUCCGGUUUCCUUCGCCCUCUCCGCGCCACGGAGCGCAGGACUUCACCGGUCUUCACCAUGUCCCUGUCCCCUGCUUUACUUCUUUUUUCACCUGAGACGGACAAUGACCCGAAAGAUAUUUCACAUUUGUGUUUCUAUUAAAAACCUCGAGAAAUAAAAUCCA